UGGCAAGUUAAUCGCUCAUAAUGAUUUGUCAAUCAAAAUCCGGCGUCGGCCAAUGGGAGAGCGUUCCAUCAGUCAUCUCGAAAUGAUAAUGCCGGGCGUUUCGUCCCAUGGAUCCACAAUACAUGAAUAACAGAGGAGACGAACAGCUUGGAUUUUGCAAGUCUGAUCAGCUCCUCUCACAUGCUAGAGCUGGCGAGGGAGCGAGAGAGUGAGCGAGUGAGAGAGAGAGCGCGAGGGCCCGUGCUUUGCUGUUGCCGCCUCGCACUUCGUCGCAGUGUUUGUGUGCUCCUAUCAGUUUAUCACUGCACAGCUGGUUCGUGUGCUGAAUUCGUGGCCGAUCCCCCGCAGUACCAUCAGCGAUUUCUACCAACAGAACCUUCCUUCAGCCCACAGAGAGUGGUUUCCUUCCAAAUUUGAAAUAACCGCACCGUUACAUGGAGUGAUUUUAUAAUUAUUUUACUUUUUUUCGAAAAAAAAGAGGGAACGGUCACAAACCACUGGUGAAGGUGGAUUCAUACCUACAUCUAUUUACUUCUUUCUCACCAAGGAGGUGCCUGUCGACUUGUUUGGAUUAAACCUCCUCAUCCACGGCUUUACGCGAGCGCACGAAGGUACCACCAGCGCAGGUGUCGUCUGUUCCAGUUACCUUAACCGGAAGUGGUACAUGAACCAGGUGCUGUGAGCGGAAGCGGUGCAUGUGAAGAGGUCAAGAACGCGAGGUAGCCAAAGAUGGCUGCCACCAGCACCGGCCUGUACCUGGGGUCAGUGGGGUCCCCGCUGUCAGGCGCCGGGCAGCACAUGGGGGGUCACGGUCACAACAGCAUGCAGCUGGGCGGGGGUCACCAGUACAUGAACCACCGAGACCUGGUGGGCGCUGAGAUGAAGGAGUACAGCAUGAAGUAUUUGUCGCCGCAGCACACGGUCUCGCAGAACGGCCACCUGGGAGGCCACCACGCCAACCCCUGGCUGACCCACGACACGGGGAGUCACUUGGGGUCAGCCCAUGGGCGGCGGACACAUGACCGUGCAGGACUUGAAGCUGGCCAGCGGUCAGCAUGUGGGGGGCAUGGACCAGCAGGGCAACGGCGGAGGGGGCGGGGCAGGGGGUGGUCACGCCCAUCCAGGUACACUCCACCACCGCCCCACUCAGCAGCAGCUGCCGCCCCCGCCCAGACUCAACACUGGCACUCACCCAUGUCUCCUAAUCAUCACAUGAUGCAGAACGGUGCUCAGCGGCCGCUGCAGCACCCCGGGUACGGCUACCACAUGAACAUGAACGGCGUCAUGUCGCCCCACCACCACGCCGGCGCUCUACGGGAUCCCGACCCCGACAUGGACCCGCAACCUCCCUCUGACGAGGACACGCCCAGCUCCGACGACCUGGAAGUCUUCGCCAAGCAGUUCAAGCAGCGUCGCAUCAAGCUGGGCUUCACCCAGGCCGACGUGGGGCUGGCCCUCGGAACGCUCUAUGGCAAUGUCUUCUCGCAGACCACCAUCUGUCGCUUCGAGGCGCUGCAGCUGAGUUUCAAGAACAUGUGCAAGCUCAAGCCCUUGCUGCAGAAGUGGCUGGAGGAGGCCGACUCCACGACAGGCUCGUCCACCUCCAUCGACAAGAUCGCCGCGCAAGGCCGCAAACGAAAGAAGCGGACGUCCAUCGAGGUGACGGUGAAAGGAGCGCUGGAGUCGCACUUCAUCAAGUGCCCCAAACCCUCAGCAGCGGAGAUCUCGCAGCUGGCCGACCAGCUGCAGCUGGAGAAGGAGGUGGUGCGGGUGUGGUUCUGCAACCGCCGCCAGAAGGAAAAGCGUAUGACGCCACCCAACGCCAUGAACGGAGACCUGUUGAUGCCCGACGGCUCGGACGGCAACUCCCCGGGGCCGGAAUCCCGCUUGCACUGCGGCUCUCCGCCCAUGGGGCUGGGUAGCACAGGGACAGGGGGCGGGGGCAGCGACGGCGGGUCACCGCUGGGGUGUGGGAUGGGGAUGUCCAGCGCCAUGUCUACAGCUCUGUCCGUGGCCAUGUCCUCGCACUCCAUGAGCGGCCACUCCAUCUCGCCCGGGCCUGGCCCCAUGUACGCGCACUCCCUCUCUCAACACCCUCACCCACACUCGCACCCGCACCCCCAUCAGCACUCGCCUCCCCCUUCCCACGCUCACCCUCACCAGCACGCGCAGACCCACGGACUCACGCACUCUCCAACGCACUGAGAAAGAGAAAGAGAGCGCACGCCUGAAAGAGAUUCAACCAUCCCCUGCAAGCAGGCAUGAGCACAUACACUAUUAUCACACUUCCGGUCGCUUGUACAGUUUCAGUCUCUUACAGAUUUCUUAAGCACAAAGAGAGAGAAAGAUGAAUAUCGGGGAGAGAAAAAAAAAACAAAAAUUUCUUUCCUCGAUGUUUUCAAGAGCGAUAACUCUCGACAAGUUUAGUCUCUCGACCUGCUGACGACCUAGUUGCGGCUCGAGUGAGGUGGCCGGCCAGUCGUCUGCUCUCGUCCCGCCGAGGCGAGCUUUGACAGUGAGUCACGCAUGAGUGACUGGCUAAUCGGAUCGAUGGCACGGCGACGUGUCACGACUGGCUGAUGACGAUGACCCAAGCACGGGGCCACUCCAAGCUAGCCGUCAGCAGCGGGGUCGCCCUAAAGCUGGGCCCAUGUCUCGGCUGCAAUCUGCUGGCUACUGCGGAUUUUAUGACCCUGGCUGCACGUGAGUCGUCGCCAAGUCACGGCUCGCUGCGCAGAGGUCACGCUUCACGGUUUGCCGCUUGUGGCAGUCUUUCUUCUUCUUCGCUAUCUGUAGAUGUUUCCUGUAAUGAUUAAGAUGAAGUUGUAAGCCCCAAAAACAAACAGCUUGAGUGCAUUCGGGUUCGAAUUUAACUCGGUUCUUCUCCUCCCACGCUUUCUCUGUGGAACGAAUGACCGGAACAGUCCAUUGCUAUCGUGAAUCAUGAUAGUUUCGAUUACACUUCUCAUCGGCAUAGAAGUCGUGUAUCAGAUAUUUCCACGGAAACUUAUCCCUUUCUUAUAUCACAGCUUCCUGAAGCAUGAACUAGCUCAACCUUUUAUCAGUUUAAAUAAUUUAUUCUUUUCUCACAAGUCGAAACAGUAAAAAUAUGACCGUAACAUUACUGUCACAUAACAAAAUAUAUAUGGCAGAAAAUAAAAUUGUCCAAGAUGUAAAGUUUUUAAUAAAAAUUGUAGAUUUUAACAAAGCAAGACAAUUUUUUCCCUCUACAUUUGAAAGGUCAGACUUCUAGUUUUAUUGUCGGUAUAAAAUGGGCAAGGAGGUAGCUACAUAUAUACCUAAAUAAGUAUCUGAGAGACAAUUAAAGAUGUUUGUUUGGCAUCAUGGUAUCUUGACCGAAAUAUGGAAAGCCAUCAAUGCCAUAAACGCGGAUACGUCUAACGGUCUUGUUCACACUAAAGCACAUGCAGCACCCUCGUUCUUCUUCGCUCAGAUUAUCCAUUUAGGAAACAGCUGUUUAGGAAUGCGCUACUUAUGAAUGAAAUGUUUAUAGACAACCCUUGUCACGGCUUAGUUUCGGCAUCGGCAUUUUGUUUCUGCCCUUGAUUUUUGCCAGACCAAAAACGACAUUCCCUGGCCAUUGCAGCACCAACAGGGUCUUGCAGGUUUUAUGUUUCGUUUUUAAAGAAGCGGUUUAAUAAGAAGUUUGUAAGAAACCUCACAUUAUGUUUCCUGCCCUCGCUCCCUCACAUCCAUUCACAAACCACCCCUCCCUUUCCCGGGUUCACCUCGCGAACAGUACCUCGCCUUGGCCUCAUCCCCACCGGCACAGUUCUUCCUCCCUGUUCCUUCUCUCGUCGAAUAUUCUGUGCUUUUCCUUCGCUCGCAUUCUAACUAGAACAUUGUGGUGUCGACACGGUUGGGUUUUCACCUGAGAGAGCGAAGGAAGGGGGAUAGGAGGGUAGUCCUCCUGCCAGACCUAAAUGAGAGACACCUUAGGACCCGCGUCAACAACACAGCAGGGGCAGGCAUUCUAAUGAAAACCUUACUUGCGAAGCUUGAAGAGGGGAAAAAACUGUGAGAGAGUGAAAGUAAGAGAAAGAAAAUAAACGAACAACAAUUUAGAAAGGAGGAUUACUCCUUGCUCUCCCACACCACCUGUCCUAGGGGCGGGAUCAUGAAAUCGUCUCCAUCACAGGACGAUUGUGCCUCGGCCAGUAGCUUGCCUUGAUGUGUACCUGCCUCCUACACGAAACAGGUGCUUUAGGUGAUGAGUACUGUGCAGGCUGACUGCUUACCGUUGCUGAGGUCAAUGAGUGCCUCCUUUUGGCGUUCGACAUUUUCAAAAAAAGAAAACCGAAAUAGCAACAUUUGAACGAUAAAACAACACGAACCAAGAGUGGUGUGAACGGUGAUGGUGACAUGGAACAGACAGUGAACACUCAAGUGUAAAGACUUUAAUGACCUAACGUGCUUCAACACGGAUAAUAAACAAGAAGUCUACUUUUCAGUUUUCUCAUUAAAAAAAAAAAAGAAACUACGCAAAGAACAAAAGGGGUCUGAACAUACCCCACCCACCCACAAAACACUGCUUGGACUGUGGGGUUGCACCCAGCACGACCAUCACUUCCUUUGUGAACCUGCAUCUGUGAUGUUUGUUUGUGUCUGUGGAGAGCAACGCAGCAAAGCCAGCCUAAAAGAUUUGCUGAGCAAGUCGGGUAGGAAACUACCCCUUCCCCUCUACAGGUAUGUAUGGACUGUUAUCAACUUUUCGUAUCAACCUCAUGAUGUCUCCAUUGGUUGUACACCUGUUGUAACUGUAUUCUUGCCUCCUGCUGUGAGUCUAGACUGCCGAACAAUUUUUGUUAAUUUCUUUUAAAAGUCUAUUUUAGUCAGGCUGCUGUUAAUUUUUUAAUGAAGAAAUUUUUAAGUUAUGAUAGAGUGAAAAACAAAAAAACAAAACAGGCAGCAAAGUGGCUGAAGCGUCCCGUGAUAAGAUGAUGAUGAGUAGGAACGUGCAAUUUAGAAAUAAUUACUGAUGGAACUGAGGUCGACCUGACCAGCCUGCUAGAGAUAAACCCACCGCCCCGCACUCAGCCCACCAUCACCCUCAUUCUCAAAGGUCCGACACUGAGAAUAAAUGAAACAGUUGAGCGCUCUACUGGACACCAUAGCAACGGUUUUGUUAGAAAGAACAUAUUUAUCAACAUAAUGAGGCAAUAGUACAUCAUAAUCAUUGAAAAAAAAUUAAUUUACACUUGCCGAGAGGUAAAAGUCAGGAACUGUCCUCGCACGUGCCACUGAGGCUGAAACCUGCACGUGCAGUCACGCGUAAACGUUCUUCGAAUGUACUUUCGCUUCUUCCAUUCCACCCCAGAAAAAAUUUUUGGAAAAAAAGUUCGUUUACUUUUGUAGAAAGACUACUGACCAAUAAAAUGUAACCAGUCAAAAGAAGACGACCUUUGCUAUUUGCUGAAUACGAAGACUUACCACUUGUUCAUCUAUAUUAAUUUAUAUGAGUGUAAAUACUGGACUGGAAUUUCUUUUGUGGUUUGAAUGUAAAUUUGUUGAUUUCAUGUCAACUGUUCAAACAUAACAAGAUACUUGCAUUAUGACUAAGGACUAUUUAAAGUAGAUAUUUCAAUCAAUGUGAUCGAAUUAUGACUGAGUGUAUGUACACGUGUAUAAAUGAAAGUAAGGAUAUUGUUUAUAAAUGGAAGAAAAUGUGAAGACAGAAUUACAAUUAUUCCGUUUUCUUCGGAAGUAACUAUGUCUGGUUUUUUUAAAGCAAGAGUUGAUGGAACUCUACUUUUAAAAUUUGCAUUCCUCUAGUUUUCCUGGGUUCGUUUUUAGUUCUUUUUUUCCGUUCCAGAUUUUUAAAUUAGCAUUUAAGCAUUUCUUUUUUUUUCUGCUUUUUCAUCGUACGUGUCUCGUACUCGAAGACAUAAAAACAGCUCCCACUGUGUUUUUGUUAUAUUAAAUACUCAUUUUCCAUUUGCAUUUGGUUCUGAGCAUCUUGUUUGAUGCUCCUGUCGCUAAAUUUGCAUUCCACCAGUAACUAUUGCCCUGAGGGCAUGUCUGCGAACCAUAGCUAUUUAUAUAAGCUAUUGUUUUGUUUGCUAUUUAUUCCUCAGUUUUAACAUUCCUUUGUUUUCUCUUGCAAACUGGAGCAUGUUUGUGUUUUCCAUGUGCACAGUCAUUCCCAAGGGCUCAUCGUGGUUUUUUUGUUUGUGUUGUUCAAAGCUAAAAGAAGGACACUUUUGACUGAUAACUCCGUAUCCAAAUAAAUUCAUUUCGCAAAUGUU